AGAAAUACGAGACAAAUAUGUACGAUAGUGGCAACAGUGGCAGCAGCGGCCGCAAUUGCAGCAUUUGCUUACUAUUAUUAUAAGGAGGGAAAAUGUCCAUUUGCGAAAUUUUUCCGUGAGCCGCCCCCUCCUGAACGUGUAAGUGUUCCUUUUUUAAUCUACAGCUUCUUUACUUUGCCGCUUCGUGCGCUUAAUUUGCUUCCUCGAAACGCCCGAACAAACAGGACGGGCAGAGUGAGAAUUCGAAAAACCAGCCAGAUGCGGGAGCUAGAAGUGAAAAUGAGUCAGAAUCAGGAAAAUCCGGGUCAGAUUCAAGAAAGACUGAGUCGCAUUCAAGAAAGACUGAGUCGGAUUCAGGAAAAACUGAGUCAGAAUCAGGAAAAAGUGGAUCAGAUUCAAGAAAUGUGA